AUGAAAAAGGGAUUAUUGGUUAAUAACCGAUAUGAAAUUACUAAUGAAAGAGUUGGAGAUGGUGAGCACAGUGAAAAUUAUAUUUCUAUCGAUUUGUUUGAAGGAAAUAACGUUAUACUCAAGAAGAUUCAAUCUAAAGAAGAGUGGUACAAUUGGAAUAAUAUUUGGAGAAUAAUGAAACAAAAACCAAAUAACAAAGUUCUUCAAUUGUUUGACUGCUUUCAAUGGAAUCAUUGUUUUUUUGUAGUAUCAGAAGAACUUUGUUAUACUCUUAGAGAAUUAUUAGACUCUGAUAGUGGUUAUGUACAACAUACAAUCCCAUCACUAAUUCAUUGCUUUCAAUAUACGCUAAGAUAUUUGGAAGAAUUAAAAAUCAUUCACUGUGAUAUAAAACCAAGUAAUAUUAUGAUAAAUAACAAUGGGGUGUAUAAAUUAAUUGAUUAUGGGAAUGCUCUUAUUGAUUAUCAUUCUUCUGGUAAAGAAUAUGUACAAUCAAGAUGGUAUCGAGCACCUGAAGUUAUUUUAGGAUGUCAAUGGACAAAUAAAAUUGAUACUUGGAGUGUUGGGUGUGUAUUAUUUGAAUGUAUUAUUGGAGAUGUAUUAUUUCCAGCAGAUAAUGAUGUUGACCAACUAAUGAUGAUGAGAGAAACCAUUGGAUUAUUUCCACCAUCUCUCCUAUGUCAAGCAACUCAAAAUGUUAAUAAUGUUUUUACUUCAGACGGUCAUUUAAUAGAAAAAUAUGAAUCAUUAAUAGAAGAACGAAAUAUCAAAGAAUUAUUAGGAAGCUGUGAAUAUAAUGAAGUGCUUUGUUUGGUUUUAGAAUUAGAACCUGAAAAUAGAAUGACACCACUUGAAUUUUCUUCAAUAACAAUAAAGUAUAUUGAUCAAUGA